GUAGGUAGCUCAAUACUCUGAAAAUAUUGAAAAGAGAAAAGUGAGAACCAUUACUACAGAGAAAAGAAAGAAAGAGUCGGCUCUAGAGAAAGAGAUUAUAGCAAUGGCUUCUGCGAUGUUGAAGAGAUCAAUGGUAGUUAAUGGAAUUAGGGUUUUAGGUACAAGGGCAUUUGCAUCAUCAUCCGUAACUGUAGGAACUGAUCUGGUUUCAACUAUCUCUGAUGUUUCUCUACAAAAAGCUCGAACUUGGGAUGAAGGUGUUUCAUCUAAGUUCUCUACAACUCCUAUCAAAGACAUCUUCAAGGACAAGAAAGUUGUCAUUUUUGGGCUUCCUGGUGCAUUUACUGGUGUUUGUUCAGCACAACAUGUACCUAGUUACAAGAAGAACAUUGAUAAGUUCAAAGCAAAAGGAAUUGAUUCAGUGAUUUGUGUUUCUGUCAAUGAUCCAUAUGUUAUGAAUGGAUGGGCAGACAAACUUGGUGCCAAAGAUGCUAUUGAAUUCUAUGGCGACUUGGAUGGGAGCUUCCACAAGAGCUUGAACUUGGAGAAAGAUCUAUGUGCUGCUUUGCUUGGUCAUCGUUCCCAGAGAUGGUCAGCAUAUGUCGAAGAUGGAAAAGUCAAGGUUCUGAACGUAGAGGAAGUACCAUCUGACUUCAAGGUAUCUGGUGGAGAAGUAAUAUUAGGUCAGAUCUGAACCCUUUUUUCCACAGUACAUUAGUUUUCUUCUCCGGGGUAAAAGAACCUAAUGUCAAUAAAAAAUAUCUUUAUCUAUGGAGUGUAAAGUUAUGCAGUUGUUUGUUUUGAGUUAUGUCCCAACUCCUGUGACUCCUGCUAUUAUAAACCCUCCAAGGUUUAGAUGUCUUUGAAUAGUACGACUUGAGAAAGCUGAAUUAUAUUUUCUUUGUUGAUAUUUAAAUGCCCUCCUUCUGUGAGUUUAUAUUUUUCUGCCUA